AUGGGUGCUACCAGGCAGAUCAAGAACAGACACCGCACCAGGGACUAUGAUCAGGUCGUCGCGGACAUGAAGUCGCCCCGUCACUUGGAGCAAUACAAAAGCACCAAGGAUGUAGAGGACCUUCCUGGCCUGGGCAGACAUUUCUGCUUGGAAUGCUCCAAGUGGUUUGAGAGUGAAUACAAUCUCAAGGCUCAUACCAAGGGCAAGAAUCACAAGAAGAGAGUCAAGAUUCUCAAAGAGGAGCCUCACAGCCAACAACUCGCCGAACGUGCGGUCGGACUCGGUGUCAUCGACAACGGCAAGCGAGAAGAGAACCCCGACCUGAUGAAGGAAUAA